AUGCCCCGGGGGUCCGAAGCGGAGGCUCCCCCUGCCUCAACGUCCCGGGCCUGGCUCCGGUCCUCUAUCCCCCCCCGCCCCCACGCGCCAACCGCCACCGCUGCCAGCUCGGAACUGCCCUCCCGGCUCACCGGCUGCCCGAGGGGGGUUUGGAGGGCCGGGCGUAACGGGGCUGAGCUCCUCGGCGUCCCUCGUGACGCGACGGCUGGAGACGAAGACUGCGUCACCGGUCCCAUCGACCGCCCAGUGGACCGGUUCCUCGGGGGCCGGCGGCAGAUCUAUAAAAGGCCCGUUGGCGGGCGAGAGAGAGCAGACCGGGAGACCUCCUCGUCUGACGGGGGUCAGUUCUGGCCUCUCGCAAUGGCCCCGCACCUCCUUUGCCUCCUGCUCUCCUGGGCUGUCACCGUGUCGGCCAACGUUUUCGAGUACCGAGCCGACUCUCAGCCGCUGCGCCCGUGCGAACUGCUGCGGGAGAAGGCCUUCCGGGAGAACCGCGACUACGUCCCUCAGUGCUUAGAGAACGGCCAGUUCCGAACCACGCAGUGCAGCGAGAAGCAGCGGUCGUGCUGGUGCGUCGACGCCGAAGGAGCCGAGGUGCCCGGCAGUAAGCGCGCCGGAGUCCCCGACGUCUGUCUGUCCUCCUGCCAGCUCCAGAAACAACGGAUCCUGCUCAGCAGCUACCUCAACAGCACGGCCACCCGCCAUCUGCCCCGCUGCAGUGACUCGGGCGACUUCGAGCCCGUGCAGUGUGACCUGGGGCAGGAGCGGUGCUGGUGCGUGGACGCCGAAGGGAUGGAGGUUUACGGCACCCGCCGACCCGGACGAACGGCUCAGUGUCCCGGGAGCUGUGAGAUCCGCGGCCGCCGCGUUCUCCACGGCGUGGGGGAGAGGUCGCCUCCUCAGUGCUCGGCGGACGGACGGUUCUCUCCCGUCCAGUGCAAAUUCGUCAACACGACCGACGUGAUGGUCUUCGACCUCGUUCACAACUAUGGCAGGUUUCCAGAUGCGUUCCUGUCUUUCAGUGCCUUCAGGAGAAGAUUCCCAGAGGUCUCUGCUUACUGUCACUGUGUCGACAGUUUGGGCAGGGAGCUGGCAGAAACUGGCCUGGAGUUGUUGCUGGAUGAAAUUUAUGACACGAUUUUUGCCAGUCUCGAUCCCGCCUACAGCUUCUCUGAAACCCCCCUGUACCGGAUCCUGCAGAGGCGGUUUCUGGGAGUGCAGCUGGCCCUCACGGGACGAUUCCGAUGUCCUACCCAGUGUGAGGUGGAGAGACUCGCAGCCACUACCUAUGGGCAUGCCUACGUGCCGUCCUGCGAUGCAGGCGGGGCGUACCGACGGGCGCAAUGCCAACGGGAAGGCCCAUGCUGGUGUGUGGAUGCCAACGGGCGGGAGAUCCACGCAACUCGGAGCCAGGGGGACCGCCCUACUUGUGGCUCAGAGAGGCCGUGUGUUUCCGAGAGGCGGAGGGCCGUGUCCGGACUUCUCUACGGACCCUCCGGACCACUGGGCCGAGGUGGUCCGACCUCCGGUCUGGAAGAACGUGCGCAGCCCCAGGAGGAUGCCCGCCCGGCCGGGUCCUGCCCUCUGACCUUCGAGGAGCUGCUGGUGGGCUCGGAGCAGCUUCCCGAUCCCGAGCGGAGGCCCGACCCCGGGCGGCGGUCCGGCCCCAGUCGGCGCCCCGCCUGGCAGACCGUCCUCGGCGAGUUGGUGAGGGGGCUGUUCCCCACCCGGGAGCUGGCCCUCACGGCCCUCCGACUGGCCCGUGGCCCACGGCGGCUCCAGCGGGACCUGUUCGGGGGGAUGUUCCUGACCCGGCUGGGGCACCGGAACCUGUCAGGGGCAGUGGGUCCCCGGAGCACGGCGGACCUCAGCCGGUUCUUCCAGCCUCGGGGGGCACGGGGACCGGCCGGCCUGCCGCCUGACGGGGACGGCGUGGGACGUCUGGACACCCUGCUGACCCGCCCGGACUUCCUGCCCUUCCUGCGGCGCGUGGCGGCCGUUCCCUCCCCCCUUGCCCGGGACCUCGGCGAGGCGGUCCGCACGGUCCUUGAGGCCCAAGGCUGCGGCCCACGCCCCGAGUCCCCGUCUGUCCCGGAGGCCCCCCGCCCGCCCGGUCGGCGCCCCCGCUGCCCCACCGAGUGCGAGAAGCAGAGGGCGGCGGGGCGGCGCGGGGCGGCCGCCCGGCCGGCGGGGUCCCGCCCCUUCGUCCCCACGUGUGCCGACGACGGAAGCUUCCUGCCGGUCCAGUGCUCCGACGACCGCUGCUUCUGCGUGGAUGCCGACGGCCUGGCCGUCCCGGGGACCCACCGGGCCGCCGGGGACGUCGUGUCGUGUAAGUCCACGGGCCCCGGGCGGUCUGGAGCGACCGGCCCUUUUGACACCGCCAGCCCCCGGCCCGUGGUGCCACCUCCAAAAUUCCCCGUGUGCGAGGACGGCGUGGACCCGUGGGCGCACGCGCGCCUGCCCGCGGGCACCCACACGCAUGUCGAGGGCAGGGAGAAGGCCCGCGGGCGUGCCGUGCAUCCCCUCUCCUCCUUCCCCACAGGCCCCAGCUCCUGCCAACUGUCCGCCGGGCAGGCCCUCCUGCGGACGGCGCGGUCCCUACUGUCCGAGUCCGACCCGCCGUCUUCGCUCUCCGGCCUCUACGUCCCCCAGUGCCGGGCCGACGGGCGCUGGAGCCGGGUGCAGUGCAGCGGGCCCCCCGCGCCCGCCCUGGAGUGGUAUCGGCGCUGGGUGGCACUGAGCCCCAGGGGCCCGACCCCGACCUCGGCCCCCGCCGCGCAGCUGAUCCGGGAGCUCCGGGACUACGGGGCCACGGCCUCCGCCGGCUUCCGGCCGUUCGUCCGGCGCCUGUUCGAGGAAGGCCGGCAGGGCGUCUUCCCCGGGCUGGCCGGCUACGCGUCCUUCCGGGACGUGCCUCCCGGGGUCCCGGAGGGCCGCGGGGCGGCCGGCGUCUGGCUGGAGCCCUUCCCGUUCUGGCAGCUGCUGACGGGCCAGCUCCGCCGCUACCCCGGGCCCUACUCCGACUUCGGCUCUCCGCCGGCCGCCGUGGAACCGCGCAGCUGCUGGUGCGUGUCUGAGGACGGGGAGGAGCUGGCCGGGACACGGACCCAGGGGAACGAGCUCCCCGCGUGCCCCGGGGCAUGCGAAGAGGCAAGGCGGCGGGUCCUGGAGUUCCUGGCCGAAGCAGAAGACGGCAUCCUGGCCUCCAACUUCUCCCAUUCCCCACUCGGGGAGAGCUUCCUCCCGGCCCACGGAAUCCGCCCGACCAGCGACGACCUCUCCCCUCUUGGUCCCGGCCCUCCCGAGACGCGACUCGCCUAUGCCCUCCGGAUCGGUAGCAAGUCCGCCCUGGCCCUGGCUGUGCGGUCGACUUUGGAAUUCUUCCGGAGGGCAUCCCCGGCCUCAGGAGGGUCGGCGGGAGAAGGAGCCGGCUUGACCUUCCGGUCGUACGUGCCUCAGUGCGAUGGCCUGGGAAACUGGGAGCCGCUGCAGUGCCAUGGGACAACGGGACACUGCUGGUGCGUGGACAGGCGCGGACAUUACGUCACAGACUCUCUGGCCACGCGCAACGCUCCACUCCCUCAGUGCCCGACUCCAUGCCAGGCAUCUCGCACCAACGCGCUGCUUUCUAGCUGGAAACAGAGCGCCGUUGAGGUCAAGGCAACCCCGGAAUCCUUGUUCACCCCAACCUGCCUGCAGACGGGAGACUACGCCAGACUCCAGAGAUCAGACUCGGGGGCCUGGUGCUUGGAUCCGGCCACGGGGGAGGCCGUGCUGGCCGACAGCGGGAGUUCAAACGGCAGCCUCCGCUGCCCAAGUCCCUGCUCCCGGCUCCAGCCCCCGCUGGCCGCCGGAGAGCCAGGCACCACGGACAGCCCCACGUGCGAGGAGGGUUCAGGGGAACCCCUGGCUGUCCAGUGCGACCGGGAUCAGGAGAGCUGCUGGUGCGUUGGGGAGAGUGGACAGGAACUGCCUGGGACCCGGGUGGCCGGAAGCCGACCGUCGUGCCACCGUCCUCUGUGCCCGCUGCCUUUCGACGCCUCAGAAGUGGCCGGCGGAGCGGUGGUCUGUGAGGCGAUGGCCGACCCAGGCCAGGAAGUCCAGCGGUGCCGCCUGAUGUGCUUCCAGGGCUACCGCAGGGCCGUGACCGGCACCGACUUCACCUGCGACCCGGGGACGGAGCAGUGGCUUUCUGCACCUCCGCUGCCCCAGGCGUGCCAGAAGCUGCAGCUGGUGCAGACCAUCCAAGUCCAGGCUCAGGUGCAGUUGCUACUCCCCCCAGAGAAGAUGUGCAGCGCUGACUACUCCGGCCUGCUCCGGGCCUUCCGGAUCUUCACGGAGGACGCGUUGAAGGCUAGGGACUUCUGCCGCGUUCAGGUGGAAGGUCUGAGGAGUCCAGUGUCAUUUCCUGUCUGCGAUGAGUCCACGGUGCGGGUGGAGUGUCUGACCGCGGAGCGCUUGGGCGUCAACCUCACCUGGGUGGCCCCUCUGGCCUCCAUCCCAGCAGCCUCCCUUCCCGAUCUGCGUGACAUCGAAAACGCUCUUCUUGGCCAGAACUUCAUGGGGCGUUUCGUGGCCCUGAUUGAGAGCGGAAACUUCCUCCUCCUCCUGGAUUCCAAGUCAUUCCCAGCAGACACCAUCGUGCGCUUCCCCCGAAGCGGCGGGGGCCUGGACACUGCCCCGAGUGUGCAGCUGGGCUGCCGGAGGGGCUUCGUGAGGACCUCGGCUUCUGACCAGACCGGCCUGGAGCCCCCGGGUUGUGGUACAUCGGCUUUCGCUCUUGUCCUCUGUGGCCGGUGUCAGUGGGGAGGGCGUUGGACAGAGAAAUCGCAAAGGCAGAAAAGACAUUCCGAAACCAAAAAACAUCCCCAGAAGAAGAAGAUCCCCGCCCCAAAAAACACCUCCAGAACCAAGCAGGUCCUCCGCUUUCCCCUCCGUGCCCCGCCACAUUCAAACAUCUCCAAAACCAAGCGGGUCUGCCUCUCCAAAACAUCUCCAGAACCAAUUGUUUGUCCUACAGGAAGCUAUUCUCGGGAGGAAGAAUGCAUUCCCUGUCCGACAGGAUUUUACCAAGAGCAGGCAGGCAGCAGCGCCUGCGUCCGGUGUCCCGUCGGCAAAACGACCGUUUCGGUGGGAGCUUUCAGGAGAACUCACUGUGUCACCGAUUGUCAGAAGAACCAACAGGGCUUCCAGUGUGACGAAGAUGGCCAAUACAGCCCUCGGCAAGAACAGACCGGACGGACGGGGUCCUUCUGCGUGGACCGUCUGGGCAGGACGCUGGACUGGACAGUGACACGGGAUGUGCUGACAGAAGCUCAAUGCCUAGUGCUGCGGAAAUUUGAGAGCGUCCCAGGGUCCAAAUUGAUCAUCGGCUCAGAAGAUGCAGUGGUUCUCCGCUCUCAGACCCUCACUGUGGAAUCCCCACUGAUUCAGUGCAUAACAGACUGUGCAGCUGAUGAGACUUGCGGAUUCGUGGCCUUGGUACCCGAGCACUCCCAGGUCCGCUGCGAUCUCUACGCUAGUUCCGAUGACAACUUCGAUUGCCUGGCCACCGAGCAGGAGCAAAAUAUCCUGGGAAACUCUGCCAUCACCAGCUUUGGGCGUCUGAGCUGCCGGCUCCGAGUGAGUAGCAGUGAUAGGGAGGCUGUGACCGUGUACCUGAAAAAAGGCCAGGAAUUCACCACCACGGGACGCAAAACCUUUGAGAUGACGAGUUUCCGGAACACCCUCUCGGGACUCUACAGCUCGGCGGGCUUCUCGGCUGCGGGGGCCAACCUGACCGACGUCCACCUCUUCUGCCGCCGGGCCUGUGACCGGACUCCCUGCUGUGAUGGCUUCAUCCUCUCCCAGAGCCGGCUCCGUGGGGGGACGAUCAUCUGUGGCCUUCUGAGCUCCCCCGAUGUCCUGCUGUGCCAUUCCAGCGACCGGAGGCCCAUCUCCCCGUCCCAAGCUCCAGAGGGCACACUCUGUGGUCAGGUGAAGUCUGACCCAUCCAAGAGACAGUUCCUCCUGAGCCUGGCAGGGCAAGAUUUUGCAAGUUCUGAGCCACUAGAGGAAGUUCAAGAAGCUGUCUCUACUUUUCAGCAGGUCUACCUCUGGAGAGAUUCGGAUGCGGCAGUCCGAAGUCCAGCAGCCGAGUGCGAGGCCGGCCGGCUCCCGGGGCCGGACACCACCCCUCUCACAGAGUCAGCGGCCGGCCUCUUCUCCCCGCUGGACGCCUCUCAGGUCGUCGUGGACGAGUCCCACCCCUUGCCCGGCUGGGAGUACCGGCUCCUCGCUCCCCGGUUUUCAGCCCGGCGACAGGCAGAGCUCUGGUGCCUCUCACGGUGUGCCCAGGAAGAAGGGUUCUGCCGGCUGGCAGCGCUGCAGGACUCGACUGGCACGGCCCCCUUCACCUGCGUCCUCUACCCGGAGGCCCGGACAUGCGGCCCACUUGACGAACUGACUGCUGGCAGCUGCCGAGUGGUCCUGCCCCGCCGGCCACUCUCCCUCUACCAGAGAGAAGUUGUCCCGGGAGAGAGGGUGAAGAACUUCUACACGCGCCUGCCCUUCCAGAAGCUGACGGGGGUUUCGGUGCAAAACCACGUUUCCGUCGGCGGAAAGUCCAUUUCCGAGGGGUUUUUGGAGUGCGAACAGCGCUGUGAUGCCGAUCCUUGCUGCCGGGGCUUUGGAUUUCUCAACGGCUCUCCGUCCGGAGGGGGUGAGGCGCAGUGCUUGACACUCAGCAACCUGGGGUUCCAGUCGUGCGGCGAGGAACACGGACCCUCCUGGCAAGUUUCGGACUGCAGCUCUCCGCCCGCGGGGCUCGGAACCUACCCCUUCGGCUGGUAUCAGAAACCCGUGGUUUCGAACCCGGUCCCCACCAUCUGCCCACCUGCCCAACUAUCUCGCCUCCCACAGGAAGGUCCAGCGGGCACCUGGGAGUCCCUGGACGUUUCCUCAGUUCUCGUGGACCCCUCAAUCCAGAGUUUUGCCGUCGCCCACGUCAGCACUGAUGGUCUCGCAGAUUCGGCCACCGCCAGGGACUUGUGUCUGUCAGAAUGCUCCAAGAACCCAUCCUGCGUGACCACCACCCUGGCGGUCCUCCCGGGCUCCGUCAGGUGCGUGUUCUACCCCGACACACGCAGCUGCACGUACUCCCUGCAAGGCCCCCGCUGUCAGCUGCUGCUCAGGGAGCCGGCGGCCGCCAUUUUCCGAAGACCAGGUGUGGCCGCACCAGCGGAGGAGCCGGCUGCCGCCGUAGUGUCCGUCGCCUCCCGGGGGACGCUGCGGGGGGCUCUGCGGGCCGUGCAGGUGGGCGCAGCAUGGAGAGUAGUGCGACAGUUCCUCGGGGUGCCCUACGCCGCGCCCCCUCUGGCCCAGAACCGCUUCCGGCCCCCCGAGCCUUUCGACUGGACGGAGACCCGAGAUGCUACCGUUCCCAGGGCCAGCUGCUGGCUACCGGGAGAUGACCUAGCUCAAGCCAACACCGUCAGCGAAGACUGCUUGUACCUCAACGUGUUUGCUCCUUCAGCUCUGGGUCCAAACGCAUCGGUGCUGGUGUUUUUCCACCACCCCGAGGGGGACGGCCAGAGGCGUGGGCAGCUGGAUCUUGAUGGGGCGUACCUGGCGGCCGUCGGCGAUCUCAUCGUGGUCACCGCCACCUUUCGGGCCGGAGCGUUCGGGUUCCUGAGCACAGGUACCGACGUGGCCAGAGGAAACUGGGGGCUCCAGGACCAGGUGGCUGCCCUGCAGUGGGUGCAAGACCACAUCGCCAACUUCGGUGGGGACCCAGAGCGCGUGACCCUCGCGGCGGAUCGUGGCGGGGCUGACGUGGCCAGCGUCCUCUUGCUCUGGCCCAGGCCGGCUGGCUCCAGACUCUUCGGACGGGCCAUCCUCAUGGGGGGCUCUGCCUUCUCGCCGGCCGCCGUGCUCAGUGAGAAGAGGGCUCGGGAGCAGGCCGCGGCACUGGCCCGUGAAGUCGGCUGUCCGGACUCGGACGACGAGGCGAUGGUGUCCUGCUUCCGCCAGAAGCCAGCCAACAUCCUCAAUGAUGCACAGACCAAGCUCCUGGCGAUCAGCGGCCCAUUCCAGUACUGGGGGCCGGUCGUGGAUGGCGUCCACCUCCCAGAGCCCCCAGCCCAUGCUCUGCGGCGCGCCCCCCUGACCGAGGUGGACCUCCUCAUUGGGAGCUCCCAGCAGGACGGUCUCAUCAGCAGGGCCCGGGCCAUCAAGAGAUUUGAAGAACGGCAAGGCAGAAACAGUAGCAAAACAGUGUUCUACCAGGCUCUUCAGAACUCCCUGGGCGGUGCCGACGCUGACCCGGCCAUUCAAGUCGCAGCCUCCUGGUACUACUCCCUGGAACAUUCCUCUGACGAUUACUCGUCCUUCUCUAGGGCCCUGGAAAAUGCCACGCGUGACUACUUUAUCACCUGCCCGACCAUCGCCAUGGCCCGCCACUGGGCCGCCACUGGACGAGGAAACAGCUUCAUGUACCAUGUGCCUGACAGCUACCUGCGGAGCGGCUCGGAGCUGCUGGCCGACGUCCGGCUUGCCUUCGGGCUGCCCUGGUACCCACACUUGGCACCGCGAUUCUCCCAGGGGGACAGGGCGGCGGCACUGGCCGUGAUGCAGUACAUCGCCAACUUUGUCAAAUCCGGAGACCCCAACACCCAGAACGACUUCUCCAGCAAGAUUCAGGGAGACCUUCCCCGGUGGGCCCCGUUCCUUCCCUCUGCCACGGGAGAGAACUACAAAGAGUUCAGUGCCCGGCUCCCUAAUCGCAUGGGCCUGAAAAAGGCAGACUGUUCCUUCUGGCAAGACUACAUCCAAACCCUCAGAAGGUCUUCAGGCCAAGAGGAAGCACCGGCGUUGGAGUCCACAGGGCCCCCCGCCCCCCCGGCCCUCCCCGAGCAAGGGCAGAAGGCGUACAGCAGAUGACCGGGGCCCGAGACGGCUCCCGGGUCGUCGGUCACCGAGGCAGGCCGGGCUGCGGACACGUCCCAGGACGGGUCGCUGGUUCCGCGCCCGCCAGCUGACGGUUCUGUUCGACUUGGAGUCCUUCAGCAAUUAAACAGUCCUCCUGCAGAGAAAA